AUGCCUCCUGUCUUCUCACUCGGCUCAGAGAUCACUACCACACGGACCGGCUGUUCAUCGCUGGGGAUACCGCACAUCUCAGAAGUCAUCGACAUCUCCGUCAUCGACCCGAUUUUGACCCGCAAGAUGGCACGGGUGAACGAAGCCAUUGACGAGAUCGGGAUGACUCCCUUCCAAUGGAAGCUGUUCUUCCUGAACGGAUUCGGAUACGGUGUUGACUCGCUACUUAUCUCGUGUCAAUCGAUUGUCCAGUCUGCUGUGACGCAGGAGUUCGACAGCCCCAACCCGCGCAUCAAAGGGGUUGCCCUGGCAUCCCAGGUGGGCUUGCUCGUCGGCGCGGCCACCUGGGGGUUUACGGCGGAUGUCAUCGGGCGCAAAUGGGUCCUCAACUCCAGUCUUUUCAUCUCCAUUUACUCCGCGGGUGCAGGUGGAAACUACAUCCUGGAUGCAACCAACUUCCUCGAGUUCUUGCCUGUCUCGCAUGCAUGGCUGGUCUCCUUCCUAGCCGUUUGGUGGGCCGUCGGCUACACCAUCACCCGUUUGCUAGCGUGGGCAUUCAUGGCGACCUACAGUUGCGCGUCCGAUGUGCCCGACGGGGAUUGUCCACGGGCCGCGAACAUGGACUGGCAAUACUUGCACUUCACCUGCGGCACGCUCGUUAUCGUGAUGGCUCUGCUGCGGGUGACUCUUGUCCGGUUGGUCCAGACCCCGAAAUGGCUGAUCAGCCAGAAUCGCGAUGUAGAAGUCGUGGACGUGCUCUCCACUCUGGCCCAGCGGUACGACCUGCCAUAUACACUCACCCUCUCCGAGCUCCAGGAGCUAGGUCGCGUUCAGCACACAGGGAAGUCUGUUUGGUCUGCGACUAGACUUCGUGCACAUCUCUCCGGUCUGGUCAGUACGCGCCGACUGGCGUACUCGACCGUCAUGAUCAUCAUCAACUGGCUGCUCAUCGGGACCCUCGAGUCUCGCGGUGCCGACACAGGCGACACUUCAACGUACGACGCCUGGCGCGACUAUGCGAUCGACCAGAUCAGCGGGCUUGCGGGUCCAGGUCCAGCCAUCGCGGGGAUCUUGGUCGAGAUACCCGGCAUUGGACGUCGUGGCACCCUCGCCAUCGGAGCUGCUAUCCCGACCGCACUGCAGUUCGGGUACACUCAGAUCAAAACCCCAGCGCAGAAUCUCGGUCUCUCGGCUGCUAUCACUGCCGCAUCCGAUAUCUACUAUGCGACAGGGUGGGAGGCAUUAUUGGCGUUUUGGUAG